AUGAGCUUUAUCCGCUAUCGUAUGCAAGAACAAGGUAUGCGAGUCGAUGACGCCCCUCCAGAUGAGGACAUAAGAGAAACGUUCAAUUUCGCACCUGGCAACUUCGGUGCUGUAUACCGUGCCGACAGCCCGUCUCACCACCCCCGCAGUGAAGACGAGCAGCAGCGUCCCUCUUCCCCAGAGCAGGAAGACAAGGAUAGAGAGGAACAGAAGGGACGAACCAACGUGCAAGGAGCUUGCUUUAGCCCCGACAGCACCAAGUAUAAGCUCCAAAGCAUGAAAUGGGGUCUGGUGCCGUUCUGGACGAAGAGACAACCGGAUUACGGAUCGCUCAUGCGCACGAUCAAUUGCCGGGAUGAUUCCCUGAUCGAUGAUCGGGGGAUGUGGACGUCCAUGAAGCGGAAGAAGCGGUGCGUCGUGGUGUGUCAGGGGUUUUAUGAAUGGUUGAAGAAAGGGCCUGGUGGGAAGGAAAAGAUCCCGCACUUUACGAAACGGAAGGAUGGGGAUUUGAUGUAUUUUGCGGGGUUAUGGGAUUGUGUUUCAUAUGAUGGUGAGGGUGGCUCCGAGGAACCACUGUUUACCUACACGGUCAUUACGACGUCGUCGAACCCGUACUUGAAGUUCCUUCAUGACCGCAUGCCUGUGAUCCUAGAACCGAAUAGCGAGGCCAUGAGGAUUUGGCUGGAUCCAAAUCGGACGACAUGGUCGAAGGAUCUACAGUCUGUGCUAAAGCCCUAUGAAGGGGAGCUGGAGUGUUAUCCUGUACCGAAGGAAGUCGGAAAGGUGGGUAAUAAUUCUCCGGACUUUAUAGUUCCCGUAAGUAGCAAGGAGAAUAAGAGCAACAUUGCGAAUUUCUUUGCGAACGUGAAGCAGAGGAAGGCCGAACCGGCGGAAGGACUGAAACUCGUGAAAGAUGAAGAUGGUCGAUCAACCAAGGACACUGAAUGGAGCGAGGAGAACGCCCCUAAACAGACAUCUGGAGUCAAGAGAGAGCACCCGGAACAAGACCUUGGAGACGGCACAGACAAGAAAUCAAAGAUUGAGGAGCGUACUUCGUCACCGACAAAGGCCCGACAGCCAUCGAAACACCAGGCCUUGCAUUCCGGGAGAAAGACCCGGAGUGCCACAGUUAAUCAGAAGCCGCUGAAGAAGACGACUGCGAAAAAGCCAACGGACAGAUCGCAACGCAUCACUAAUUUCUUUGGUAAAUGA